AUGACGAGCGCGUCGGAGCUGUUUUACCAGAGAAGGUCGCGCGUUGGGCGGCUGAGCACCGAGUUACCCCUCGGCCUCGAGGCUUCCAGUUCCGAUCGUGGUUUUCACCAAAAUUCUGGCCGGCGCCAUCACCACGGCCACAGCCACAACAACAACGGUGCCGGGCGGCAUGAUUUGGACGGAUACGAUACUCUCCGCAGAUCUCAGCAUGUUCGGCAUGCCUGCCAUCGGGCCUCUGAACGAUCCUCUGGACGGUUUGAUCACGUCUCCCGGCAGUAUGUAUCAAACAACAGUUUUGGUCAGGAAGCUUCAAGCACAUCAGGCCGGCCUAGGGUGACUUCAAAUGAGAGGCUCCCUGGUGCUGUGCUACUUGCAAGGGCAAGGCUUCUUGAGAGAUUAAGAGGAGUGUCCCUCUCUGGAAACCGGCGAAAUACAAGGUCUGCUGCCUUCAGCAUCAGCAACGGGGAACAUACAUUUGGCGAUGAUCUCCGUGCAGUUGAUACGGGGGACUGGGGGACUGAUGUCCCUGCAGUGUGGUCUCCUGGCGGGUUUCCAUUCCACGAUUCAACUUCUGAAAGCGAGAGGCGACAAUCACCCAAGAAGAAACCUCCUGGUUUAUCUCCAGAGGAACUAGUUGGUCUGAAGAUGGAGGUGUUUACUACUUAUGUGGCUGAAAGUGGAGACGACGAGGGAGUGUCGUCAAGAGAUUGUAGCAUAUGCUUGGAGAGUUUCAGUGGAGGAGAUGAGCUUAUGCGCCUGCCAUGUGGACAUCGCUUCCACUCUGUGUGCUUAGAUCCAUGGGUUCGAGCCUGUGGAGACUGUCCCUAUUGCCGCAGAGAUAUAGUCUCCAGUAGAUUUUGUGGAAUGAAAACAUGA